AAUCCACUGGAGAAGCAUUUCAAGUAGCUGGAAAUGGAAUGAGCAGAGACAGAGGCAGAAAUACAGAGUUGAAAGAACUCUUUCAACGCGUCGCCACUGAAGUGUUUGAGAAAUUGAGGCAUUUGAAGCGUGUACAAAAGGACAGAAAACAUAAAGUCAUGCCUGGAAGAGAACUUCUACUCUGAAGAAACAACAACCGAAGUGUCACAGGAUGAAUCUACGCUAUUUGGAGAGGGAGUAUACAUUUAACUUGCAGCAAUCCCUGGAAGAAAAAUUCUACUAGCAGAGAUGCUCUGAGCAGAGAGAAAGCCUGUCUGUAUAGUGAGAGAAUGAAACCAAUACAUUGAAAAAAACUGAGAAGAGAAAGAGGUAGAGACUUCACCUGAUACAAGCACGCCUGAAACAAGAGACACCUGUAUGAUUCCAUCUUCCCAGAGACGGGCUUUUGCCAUGUUGGCCAGGCUGCUCUCAAACUCCUGGCCUCAAGUGAUCCACCUGCAUCAGCCUCCCAAAGCACUGGGAUUACAGGAGCUAGCAGCCAGUUCUUGUUGAGUUCAAGCCAGUUGAGACCAUCAACUCUUCAACUGAGCCUGCAUGGGGCUGGCCUGUGUAACCAGCAGGAUACUGUGGAAAUGAUGGUGUGAGACUUCAGAGGUUACAGCAACCUCUCUCUUGAAUCAGUUGCUGGGGGUAGACACCUGCCAUGAGUGACGACACUCAAGAACCCUAUGGAGAGGUCCAGGUGCUGAAAAACUGAGGUCUUCUGUCAGCCAGCACUAACUCACCAGGUGCAUGAGGGAGCCUACUCACAAGUGGAUCCUUCAGCCCUGGUUGACAUCUUGACUGCAGCCUCAUGAGAGAUUCCAAGCCAGAACCAUCCUGGAAAAGAAAAGAAUGACUGUGCUGGCUGGGGCGAUUGAUCCUGAUCACCAACUGGAAACUGAACUGCUUUUCCACAAGAGAGGCUCAAGGCUGAUUGUUUCUCUCAGAGGGAACUUUUUGUGGUAUCUUGGAGAUUCUCCUUGCUGGCAUCCUCCACACGCAACUCCCAUGAGACAAGGGAUAUCUCUUUUCCAGUUUGGAAGUGACCCUGAUACCGCGUAGUGUGCUCCGAACACAUGGUGCCCAGGACGAAGGCAGCGUCCAGAAGCCCUGGGUCCCAGCGGUCCGCUCAGCCGCAAGCGCAUAAGGCGGGGCCGGCGCGGGCCUUUCCUUCCAUCGGAACCGUUCUCCCGGGGCUGAGUCCCUGCCCGGACUCCGAACGCCGAAGACCAGGGGCCGGAAGCGCGCGCCGCCACUGCCGCGCCGUGUCGGGAGGGAGGGAGGGAGCAAGCGGGCGAAGCCGCGGAGGACGGGGUGAAGAUGGCGGCCUUCUCCGAGAUGGGUGUAAUGCCUGAGAUUGCACAAGCUGUGGAAGAGAUGGAUUGGCUCCUCCCAACUGAUAUCCAGGCUGAAUCUAUCCCAUUGAUCUUAGGAGGAGGUGAUGUACUUAUGGCUGCAGAAACAGGAAGUGGCAAAACUGGUGCUUUUAGUAUUCCAGUUAUCCAGAUAGUUUAUGAAACUCUGAAAGACCAACAGGAAGGCAAAAAAGGAAAAACAACAAUUAAAACUGGUGCUUCAGUGCUGAACAAAUGGCAGAUGAACCCAUAUGACAGAGGAUCUGCUUUUGCAAUUGGGUCAGAUGGUCUUUGUUGUCAAAGCAGAGAAGUAAAGGAAUGGCAUGGGUGUAGAGCUACUAAAGGAUUAAUGAAAGGGAAACACUACUAUGAAGUAUCCUGUCAUGACCAAGGUUUAUGCAGGGUCGGGUGGUCUACCAUGCAGGCCUCUUUGGACCUAGGUACUGACAAGUUUGGAUUUGGCUUUGGUGGAACAGGAAAGAAAUCCCAUAAUAAACAAUUUGAUAAUUAUGGAGAGGAAUUCACUAUGCAUGAUACCAUUGGAUGUUACCUAGAUAUAGAUAAAGGACAUGUCAAGUUCUCCAAAAAUGGAAAAGAUCUUGGUCUGGCAUUUGAAAUACCACCACAUAUGAAAAACCAAGCCCUCUUUCCUGCCUGUGUUUUGAAGAAUGCUGAACUGAAAUUUAACUUCGGUGAAGAGGAAUUUAAGUUUCCACCAAAAGAUGGCUUUGUUGCUCUUUCCAAGGCACCGGAUGGUUACAUUGUCAAAUCGCAGCACUCAGGUAAUGCACAGGUGACACAAACAAAGUUUCUCCCCAAUGCUCCGAAAGCUCUCAUUGUUGAACCUUCCCGGGAGUUAGCUGAACAAACUUUGAAUAACAUCAAGCAGUUUAAGAAAUAUAUUGAUAAUCCUAAAUUAAGGGAGCUUCUGAUAAUUGGAGGUGUUGCAGCCCGGGAUCAGCUCUCUGUUUUGGAAAAUGGAGUAGAUAUAGUUGUAGGUACUCCGGGAAGACUAGAUGACUUGGUGUCAACUGGAAAGCUGAACUUAUCUCAAGUUAGAUUCCUGGUCCUGGAUGAAGCUGAUGGGCUUCUUUCUCAAGGUUAUUCUGAUUUUAUAAAUAGGAUGCACAAUCAGAUUCCUCAGGUUACUUCUGAUGGAAAAAGACUUCAGGUGAUUGUUUGCUCUGCCACUUUGCAUUCUUUCGAUGUAAAGAAACUGUCUGAGAAGAUAAUGCAUUUUCCUACAUGGGUUGACUUAAAAGGAGAAGACUCUGUUCCAGAUACUGUACACCAUGUUGUUGUCCCAGUAAAUCCCAAAACUGACAGACUCUGGGAAAGGCUUGGAAAGAGCCACAUUAGAACUGAUGAUGUACAUGCAAAAGAUAACACAAGACCUGGUGCUAAUAGUCCAGAGAUGUGGUCUGAAGCUAUUAAAAUCCUGAAAGGGGAGUAUGCUGUCCGGGCAAUCAAGGAACAUAAGAUGGAUCAAGCAAUUAUCUUCUGUAGAACCAAAAUUGACUGUGAUAACUUGGAGCAGUACUUUAUACAACAAGGAGGAGGACCUGAUAAAAAAGGACACCAGUUCUCAUGUGUUUGUCUUCAUGGUGACAGAAAGCCUCAUGAGAGAAAGCAAAACUUGGAAAGAUUUAAGAAAGGAGAUGUAAGAUUCUUGAUUUGCACAGAUGUAGCUGCUAGAGGAAUUGAUAUCCAUGGUGUUCCUUAUGUUAUAAAUGUCACUCUGCCCGAUGAAAAGCAAAACUACGUACAUCGAAUUGGCAGAGUAGGAAGAGCUGAAAGGAUGGGUCUGGCAAUUUCCCUGGUGGCAACAGAAAAAGAAAAGGUUUGGUACCACGUAUGUAGCAGCCGUGGAAAAGGGUGUUAUAACACAAGACUCAAGGAAGAUGGAGGCUGUACCAUAUGGUACAACGAGAUGCAGUUACUAUCUGAGAUAGAAGAACACCUGAACUGUACCAUUUCUCAGGUUGAGCCGGAUAUAAAGGUACCAGUGGAUGAAUUUGAUGGGAAAGUUACCUACGGUCAAAAAAGGGCUGCUGGUGGUGGAAGCUAUAAAGGCCAUGUGGAUAUUUUGGCACCUACUGUUCAAGAGUUGGCUGCCCUUGAAAAGGAGGCACAGACAUCUUUCCUGCAUCUUGGCUACCUUCCUAACCAGCUGUUCAGAACCUUCUGAUUUUUACAUUUACUGAAUAAGAUUUGAGUAAUGAAAGUCUGUAGUCUUAAAACUCUAAAACAGUUGUACUGCUUCCAAGCAGCAGUAUUUAUAGUAACGUAAGCUAUUAAUGCUAACUCUUGCAUGUCAAGAAACAUUAGUCUUAGGAAUUCUUCAAAAAAUGGCAUCCCAAUGAAAAUAAAUUUGAUGACUAUA